AUGCGCCUUGUCGUGUUCUUGGUGCUUGCUGUGGCUCUCUUGACCACUAGAGGCACGGGACUCGUUAGCGCCGAAGACUCCGCCAGCGACAAGUCCAAACGUAUUGCUCUAAACAAGAUCAUCAAGCGUCUCCGUGGGAGUCACAAGUCGGUGGCCGAAGAGAGGGUGAGUGUUGCGCCUGUCGAUGCCUACUGGUUCGCUGCGACGCAGAUGAAUCGGCCUUCGAGGAUCAACUCGCAGAGUAUCGUGCACGCCGUGGAGCACCACGAGCCGCUGCCCAAGUGGGUGACGGCACUUGUGGUUAUACUGGGUCUUGGCGUGGUCGGCGGCGGUGUGUAUGGAGUCAUCAAGGCCGCGCACGCGUUGAAUAAAUAA